ACUGGCGUCAACCAAGAAGCCAAAGUCACUGGUGUCAAUGUUGGUUACAAGUCAAGAAUGCGUUGGACGCAGGAGCUACAUGAAUCCUUUGUACAAGCUGUCAAAGACCUUGGGGGUGCAGAUCGUGAGUAUGCAGUUCAUAGGCAUAACUUGCGCAUGUAAGAAUGAUGCAGACAAUUUUUUUCUAAAAUGCAGGAGCAACCCCAAAAAGCAUUCUAAUUGAAAUGGGUGUGCAGGGACUAACCAUAUACCAUGUCAAAAGCCACUUGCAGAAAUACCGCCUUCAAAGAUAUCAGCCAGAAGGCACAGAAGAUAAGAGGCCUUCUUGCUUGGAAGGAAAGAGGCGGAAUGCAACUGAGGACAGUGGGGCUCCAAAAAUGUCUUCAAAAGAAUCAGAAACACUAUACACGCAAUGGGAGCAUCAAAAGGCACUCCAUGAGCAACUGAAGAUUCUUAGGAAAUUGCAGCUACAAACUGAAGAAAAUGGCCGCUGUCUGCAGAAGUUUAUGGAAGAUCAGUACAAAGUAAGAGAAGCAUUUUUUCAUGCUACCCAGUCCAUGUCAAUGACAAAAGGGAUUGCGACUGAAGGAACCUCAGCUCCGUUCUCAUCAGAUAAACUGUUGGUUAGUUUGGAUGAAGACUUAACGAAAGAUGACAUGCUUUCCGAUCUGGCGAAGAAUGAUGUCUCAAGUGACGUUGAGUUGGUGGCUUCGCCUUCCUGCAAAAGAGCUAGGAUUGAUGCUGAGAGCAGCAAGGCUACCAUUUCAAGCAAUAAUUUUCAGCUGUAGUAUUUGAAAAUAUUUGUUUAAGAUAGUAUUUGAAUUUCGCAUGGUUGAACGAAUAAGACUGCAUUUCCAGAGUUGUUUUUCCCUGGGAGGACUAGAAGCAGUGUGUUGUCAAAUGAUAGUUUUAUGCUCCAAAAUUUCGAAUGCUUCUUUAACUGUACCACCAAAAUAUGGAGUUGUAAACUCUAAUAGAAUUUUUGUUUUAUUCUAUCGACAUUAGGAUUUAACACUUUCAAA